GGUAACCCAUGAGGCUAGAGGCCGCAGCCAGGAUGGAUCUGUUCAGGAAGCUGUGGAAGGCGAGGAAGCUGAUCGUUGUGGUGUUCAUCCCGCUGUCCCUGCUUCCCUUACCGCUCAUCCACCCCACCAGCGAGGCAUGCUGUGCGUACGUGCUGAUGGUGACCGCAGUCUACUGGGUGUCUGAGGCGGUUCCCCUGGGUGCUGCUGCUCUGGUACCCGCCUUCCUCUAUCCGCUGUUUGGGGUACUUAAGUCCAGCGAGGUGGCAGCAGAGUAUUGUAAGGACACCACUUUGCUGCUAAUGGGAGUCAUCUGCCUGGCAGCCUCCAUAGAGAAGUGGAACCUGCACAAACGCAUCGCUCUGCGCAUGGUGAUGAUCGCAGGGGCCAAGCCCGGCAUGUUGGUGCUGGGCUUUAUGUGCUGCACAGUGUUUCUGUCCAUGUGGCUCAGCAACACGUCCACCACAGCCAUGGUGAUGCCCAUAGCCGAGGCCGUCCUGCAGCAGCUGAUCUGCACCGGCCUAGCCGACAGCCACAACGACUCCGAAACCGCAGAGGCCCCCGAGGAUGACGGCGCUGUUUCAGAUAAAGAAGAGAAUCUGGACAAAAACCAGCUAGAGCUUCUCUAUCGCAACGACAGUGACUGCAAUAAACAGGAGCUCUCUACACUAAGUGAGGUCCAGACUGAGGAGGUCAAUGGUUUGGGUCUAAGGGCAAUGUCUAACCAGUACCUCAGACACACCAAUGGACACCUGCCUCAGGUUGCUAUCGAAAUCCCAAACGUGAAGCGGGUGAGGGCCAGGAGAGACUCCCAGUAUCCCACCAAGAGGGAUCACAUGAUCUGUAAAUGCCUGUCACUCAGCAUCACCUACGCUGCCACGAUCGGCGGCCUCAUCACCAUCACCGGGACGUCAACCAACCUCAUCUUUGCAGAGCAGUUUAACACUCGCUAUCCAGAUGCAAAGGUGAUUAACUUCGGCACGUGGUUCAUCUUCAGCUUCCCCAUCGCCAUCAUCAUGCUGAUCCUCACCUGGCUCUGGCUGCACUUCCUCUUCCUUGGCUGCAACUUUAGGGAAACGUGCUCGUUGAGCAAGAAGCGCAAGACCAGGAGAGAGAUGCUGUCAGAGAAGAGGAUCCAUGAGGAGUACGCAAAACUGGGACCCAUCAGCUACCCGGAGGUGGUGACCGGUGUUUUCUUCAUCCUGAUGACUCUGCUGUGGUUCACCAGAGAGCCUGGUUUUGUCCCCGGCUGGACAUCUCUUUUUGAGAAGAAAGGCUACAGGACCGAUGCAACAGUGUCUGUCCUUCUGGGCUUCCUGCUCUUCCUCAUCCCUGCCAGGCGACCCUUCUCAUCCUCCUCCUCCUCCAGCUAUAGCAACACAGAGGACGAUGACCCACUGGCUCCCAUGAUCACCUGGAAGGACUUCCAGAGACUGAUGCCAUGGGAGAUCGUCAUCCUGGUGGGAGGAGGCUAUGCACUGGCUGCUGGUUGCAAGGUGUCAGGCCUGUCAGUGUGGAUUGGCAGACAGCUGGAGCCCAUGAGUGGUCUUCCUCCCUGGGCCGUCACCCUGCUGGCCUGUCUGCUGGUGUCGGCGGUCACCGAGUUCGCCUCCAACCCGGCAACUCUCACCGUCUUCCUGCCCAUCCUUUCAGCGCUGUCAGAGACUCUGCUCAUCAACCCCCUCCACACUUUGAUCCCGGCCACCAUGUGCGUGUCAUUCGGGGUUAUGCUUCCAGUGGGGAACCCCCCCAACGCCAUAGUCUUCAGUUACGGCCACGUGAAGAUCAGCGACAUGGUCAAAGCCGGCUUUGGGGUCAACCUGAUCGGCGUGGCGGUAGUGAUGCUGGCCAUCACCACGUGGGGGGUUCCCCUCUUCAACCUGACUGAGUUCCCAACCUGGGCAGUGGCCAGGAACGUCAGCGGGAGCUUAUAACCACCGCCGGGUUGCGGCUGGUAGGAAGGAAAGAGAUGGGGCGGUGUUUCUGUGAGGAAAGACGACAUGGAAAUGUGUCAAGAGGACGGUCUUGCUCAGAGUUAAGCCCUCUCUUAGACUGAUUAAACUGGACCUGAAGGAGGAAGAAGGAUGGAGGGAAGGAGGAGAAGAAGACAAGAGCGAAAAAAACAUUACCUGUUGCUUAGCUACAAUAAUUCGAAGUGUAUACUUUUUGGCCAUAAGGGGGCGUUACGAGGAAUUCAGAAUGCCUUUGUCAAAGUGGCCAGUGUGUGGAGCUCUGACCUCCAGCAAGAACCUUUUUGUUUUACCUCCGUUAACGAAGUUUGACGGAGAUUCUGUUUUGACCAAAAUCACUGAAGAUAUUACUAAAAAGCUACAAACAUAUUUGGUGAUCAAGAACUGAUAUUUUGAUUUAUAAUAGAAACAAUGAUAAGUUAGGUUUUUAGAAGCUGCCUGGUAAGUGUCCUCAGAGCCACACACCAUGCCUGUGGAUUAUUUUGCAUUUAGAUAGAAAUAAGCUACUGUAGAUAAGCCUCUCUUUACUGCAUGCUUGCUGAACUUCUGCUGCACUUAAAUGUAUUGCUCUGCAGCCAGAUCACAUACGUUUAUGAUCACAAAUUUAGUUUCGAUGUAUCACUUUGGCUACACUGUCCAGUGUAAAAGAAAGAGCCGACUGCUGUAGUAAAGCUGCAGUAGGUAAUUUUUAUAAAAAUAACUUUUUGUAACAUUUGCUGAAGCUUUCACUAUAUCCUGACAGUAGAACAUGAGUUGUGCUCCUAAUGGGAUUUGUAAGAAUCCACUGGGCCUGAACGAAAACAACCAAUCAGAGCCAAGAAAGAUAUAAAGACGCUUUGCAUUGGAGGCCAAGAAAGAUAGUUGACUGUUGAGUCUAAUUCCCAGGGUCCCAAAGCAUCUCUAUUAUUUUUAUAGGUUCCUACUGCAGCUUCAAAGCAAGAUAAAUGCAUGAAAAGAGGCUUCUACUAUGGCUGAUAAUGUACUGUAUACAUAAGAGUCUACAUGAUCUGUUUCUUAAGAUAUAAAAGCCUGUGUAUAUUUAGCAACACAUUGAAAGCAUAUACACAGGCAUAGCUGCUACCUGCAUUGCUUUACAAAUCUAGGAAUGAUGUCUCUACCAAAGUUUCUGAAGUUUAUUUUGUGAGCGAUCAUACUGUGAACAUUUUGCCGUUUUGUUUACUCAAAGCGCCUUGCAGUAACACAAGUGCCUUCACCAUAUUGCCUGUCAUAUUACACUUUAACAUCACACGUCUCCUGUGGGAACCUCUAACCCCGACAGUGUUAAUGCCUUGCUGUGAUCUCAGCGCAGCGCAGGAUGGAAAGCAGUAGUGUAAUUUGCUUUUUACUCUGCUUUCUCGCAGCCAUGUUCUCAAUGUAAAUUAAGUAUAUUAAGAAUGUAAACUGUACUAUAUUUAAUAUUUUACUAGCUGAUGUUGUCACUUUUGCCAAUAUGAUUUUAAACCUUAAAAAUUUGAUCAGUGUAAAGUCAGCAGGUACACUCAAACAAAUCUUUAUUGAGCAUCAAUAUCUACAGAAAUGAUCAAGAUACAUAUAUAUUUGUAUGAAACUUGUUACAUCAGCAUGUUAAGCAACAGGAUGACCAUGUUUGGUCUUUAUUUCCUCCUGGCAUGUGAACACAGAAGGAUUUGGGAGGCUGCAGAGUCACAGCCUUUAAGGAGGAGAGACAGUGAGGUAGCACAGGGUUGUAUGGUUCAGUAGUUCGUUCAAUCAACUUGUCAAAUCACAUUAACUGUUGUCUGGUGGUGAAAAGGUUUGCACGUAACAUUCACUGUACUGUGCAAAAAUAUAAAAAGAUAUGCUUUAUAUUUUUACACAAAUUUUAAAUGUAAUUUGUGGCUCUUUUUUUUAUAUCAUUCCAUUAUAAGUUUAGGUUCUAGUGUAGGCAGAAUCAAAAGCCUACACUGUUCUUUUGUAAUUUAUUCAGUUCUACUGAAGGUUUCUUACAUCUUGAUGGUGUUGCAGCAGUGACCUUUGACCCAGGGGCCACACUCCUUUGUAAAUACAUACAGAUUUGUAAUAUAA